GGAAGCUUCCCUGUUGUCCCUUUCCAUACCCACUCAAGCCACCUAACGAACCCGCGUGUAACUCUGACGCUCUUGACAAUAUGUUCACUCUAAAGCUAUAGAAAACUUCUCUGAUUUUGCUUGUCAUUUAACUUCCUCUCGAUGUUCCUCUGCAUCUUUCGCAUAAAUAUGGCUCACGCAUUACGUCUACCGCACUUCCUGUUCUUUGUCACAAUUUCAAUAUAUUACUUGGUCUCUUGCUGUAAUGGAUCGUGUGGGAUGUUCAGAUGUGGCAAUUACACUUGGGAUUAUCCGUUUGGAGCCAAGGACAGCGGCUGCGGUGACCCUACGCUUCUGCUGGAGUGUGAUGAAGAAGCCAAGAUGCCUCUAAUUACAAUCGGUGCUUACCAAUACUAUAUACUGGAGCCCAAGAAUUAUUUCCACUUGGUGUUAUUUAAUGAGCCUACCAUGAUAAUAUUAUACAAGCAUCUGAAAGAAGAGGAAUGCAAUCUAUCAGAGAGCAUCUAUGAUCAAUUCUGGAGUGCCAACCAAUUCCGUAUUGCAGAUGGAUACACAAAUAUAACACUAGGGACAACGUGUACCGUAGAGAAUGCAGGGCCGAAUGGAGGAGGGUUGACCAAUUUAACCUGUAAUGGUUAUCGAUACGUUAAUGUCAGUCUUCCAGACUUGAGUAAAGUGUGUGCAUCAGAAUUUAGGAUUGCCGUGAAAGAAAUUGACUUGGAGUUGGGAAAACCUCUUUCUGAGAUAACAGGCACAGGGGUCAAUAUAACAUGGUAUCCAGGCAAACCUUGCAAGUAUUGUGAGACAGAUUACAGAAAUUGUACUUAUCGCAGAACCUCGUCUUUCUGCUACUGUCAUGCUAGUUCCUAUUCACAGUGCUCUACUGGUAACUCCAGGACUGCCGUUAUUUUAAGUGCGGCCAUUGGAAGCGGUUUGUUGUUCCUUGCUGCAGUAUUGCUUGUGGUUUUUUAUCGAAAGAGAUCAUUGGCGUCUAAGGAGCUCCAGCUUCGCAUGGCCAUGGAACCUUCUCUUACGAAAGUGGAGCAGUUCCUUGAUGAUUUUGCUCAUGAAAUGCCCAUCAGAUAUUCCUUUUCUCAGUUGAAGAAGAUCACCAACAACUUCGCAGAUAAAUUGGGGGAAGGAGGUUUCGGAGUGGUUUAUAAAGGAAAACUCCCCAGAGGUAAUUUGGUUGCCGUCAAAAUUCUUGAUCAGUCGAGACACAGUGAAACUCAGUUUAUGAACGAAGUUGCCACUGUCGGAAGGAUCCACCAUGUCCACCUGGUCCGCUUGAUGGGUUACUGUUUUGAGGGAUUCAGAAGUGCGCUCGUGUAUGAGUACAUGGUCAAUGGAUCUCUAGAGAAGUUUAUAUUUGCUGGAAAAAAUAAAGGGAGAAUUCUAAAAGUAGAACAGCUUUAUUCAAUUGCUUUGGGUGCAGCCCGUGGAAUCGCUUAUCUACACCAAGAUUGUGAGCGAAGCAUAAUUCAUUUUGACAUCAAACCCCACAAUAUAUUACUAGACAAGGAUUUUAUACCGAAAAUAGCUGAUUUCGGUCUGGCAAAACUGUUUAGUAGGGAAGAUGAUCAUAUAUCAUUGACUGCUGCUAGAGGAACGCCAGGGUAUGUUGCGCCAGAGCUUUGGUUUACAAAUUUGGGACCCGUAACACACAAAUCAGAUGUUUACAGUUUUGGAAUGGUAUUAUUAGAGAUGGCUGGAGGAAGAAAGAAUAUUGAUGUGCAAGUAAGCCGAUCCAGUCAAUUGUAUUUUCCAGAGUGGGCAUUCAAGCUGAUGGAGAAUACACAGUUGGAGAUGAUGUUGAGAGGAAGUGGGAAAGCAGAAAUAGAAUCUGAACAGAUGGAAAAAGCCAUAAGACUAGCUAAAGUAGGACUAUGGUGCAUUCAGUACAAUUCAACAGAUCGACCGUGCAUGAGCCGGGUCGUUCAAAUGUUGGAAGGAAAUGGUGAUGUCAGUAAUCCUCCCCUGCCUUUUAAUUCGUCCCCUGACUGUCAACCAGCUUUGCAAUAUUCUACGGAAGAAUUUUCGUCAAUGGUGUGCAACUGGCCCUGCGUCAUGCACUGAGGUGAAAAUUCUCUGUAGCGAUUCUACUGGAUGCGAGCGGUAAAAAUAGUGAAGUCAGCAAACUAAAAGAUGUUGUCUUUCCUUUUUUUUAAAAAUAAUUUUCUGGUGCCCGCCACGAGGGCCUGAAUUAUAUUGUAAGAGGGAUGUAUACAUGAAAAGGUUGAUUUUGCACCAUCAAA